GCGACCUUGCUCCGCUCCACUGAGAAGAAAGCUCCUUUCUGGUAUCUCCCUUCCUCCUCCGUUAUCGUACUACGAUCAUUGUUCUCCAACAAUGGCGUUCUCUGCAGCCUUCCGCCGUGCCACUUCUGCUGCUGCUCAUUUCACUAUCCGCUCUCUUUCUAGCAGUCCGCACACUCGCCUCUUGACUGUUGUUCAUCCACUGUCUCUGAGGCAUGCCAUCUCAGAGAGAAUUGCUUUGCCUCAUCCUCGCGCUGCAUUUUUCUCUUCUAAUGCAAUGAAGCCAACCUCCGAUGUGAACCUCCUCCGUGUUAUUGAUUCGGAGAUAAAGUGCGCUAAGGAGUCUGAAGAUCAUGAUCGGGUGGAGGAGAUACCUGUUGGCUUUCCUUUUGAGAUCCAAGAUGACAAGGGAAUGAACACUGUUACUCUGAAAAGAAACUAUCAUGGAGAGAGUGUCGAGGUCAUAGUUUCCAUGCCUAGCCUUGUCACCGGCGAGGAACCAGAUAAUCAACCUGACAAUGACGAAGAAGAUGAUGAUCAAGAGGAGAGGCCUAGUCAAUCUAGCAUCCCUCUCACCGUAAUUGUAUCAAAAGGAAAGGGGCCAAGUUUGGAGUUCUCGUGUGCUGCCUAUCCUGACGAAGUUACCAUUGAUAGCAUGUCUGUAAGAGAAAACAAAGAAUCUGAUGAUGAGAUGCUUGCAUACGAAGGACCUGAUUUCAAUGAUCUGGAUGAGAAUCUGCAGAAAGCUUUCCACAAGUAUCUAGAGAUAAGAGGAAUUUCUCCCUUGACAACCAACUUUCUGCAUGAAUACAUGAUCAAUAAAGACGGCCGUGAGUACCUGCUGUGGUUGAACAAUUUGAAGCAGUUUAUCCAAAAGUAGAUUUUAUUGUCAAAUUUCUUCAAGACAUUUUUAUUUAGCAUAGUCUGUCCCAAACUCAUGAUGUUUUAUUAAGUUUUACCGCCAAUUGGAUGUAUGAGUUUUCUCCGAGAUGGUUUAUUCCCGGGUAAGAUGCUACUUGACAUAAUCAAUUUAGCUCAGUGAACUUGUUUUACGAGAGAAAUACAAUGCUGAGGUUUUCUCAUGAUUUCUUAAUAGAAUCAUGCUCCUUUCUUUUA